UGUUCCCAUCUAAACUAGUAAUAAAACAACGACAAACUGCCACAAGACUGGACUUGAUUGACAAGCUUAAUGAGAUAAAACCUUUUUCUACAAUAAGAAUAUCUGAAGUAACAUUCCCAGAAUAUACUGUUAUCUCCUUAGUUGUAACGCUUCUGAUUACUGUUAAUCUUAUGAACAUCCGAUUUUCUCAAUUAAUUUAAGCGAAGAUGCGUGUUGACUUACCUGUCCUCAAGUUCAGUAUAUACUUAGGAACCUAUAGUAUCUAGUUCUUGUUUAAUUUACCGAUUGGUUCAAGGAAUAAAAGUUUGAGAAAUUACUUGAACCUUCAGAAUAUGAUAUAUUAUUUGCAGAAGAACAAUGUUUUAGUCUAUAAAUAGUUCUGAUUUGAGAGGGUAGAGGAGCUUAUACUUUGCAAUGAAGUACGGGAAAAGGCUUCGAAACGAGGUAGAGAAGAGCUUCCCUGGAUGGGGAGGUGAUUUUAUAUCUUAUAAGCAGUUGAAGAAGCAAUUGAACCUGAUUGAUCCUCUGUCAAGGCCAAGGAAGAGGUCAAGAAUUUCCAUUGGAGAUAUUUUUGAUGCCGGAAAUGGAAGAGACGAUGUGAAUUCGAUGAGGGUCAACGUUGGUUUCACCACAUUGUUAGGUGAAGAACUGCAGAAGGUUAAUACAUUUUACAUUGACAAGGAGGAAGAUUACAUCAUCAGAUUAAAGGAGCUGCAGGACAUGGAAGCAAACUUGUCCUGCCAUAGAGAGAUGCUAAAUUUGCAGAAGGAUAUUCUGGAAUUUCAUGGUGAGAUGGUUCAGCUUUUGCAGUACAGUGUCCUUAACUCCACAGGAUUUGUGAAGAUAGUGAAGAAGCAUAAAAAGCGAUCAGGUUCUUCGAUUCAUGUUUCCUUCAUGCCAAGAGUGCUAGAACAGCCUAUCUUCUCCACUGGCUUGCUCUACAAACUCCUGAAGGAGUGUGAAGCAAUGCUGUAUCGCCUUUUCCUAGACGACGAACCAUAAGAUCACUUGAAGCUAGCAGAUUUCAGUUUCAAAAAGUAGAAUGUAUACUGUAUAUCAUUCACCAAAGAGAAAGUAAAAAGUUUUUCUUUGGGAAUGAUUUGGUGUCUUUGUUGUUGUACCUCUCAUUUUGUUGUAGCAAUAUAUUAUAUGGUAAAGAUGAAUGUUAUAUAAAAUAAUUGUUCUACUACAUUACAUGAUCAAUGAAUUUAUUUAGUGUUA